CAGGAGGCUGCAGGAGUUCUGCACAACUGGAAAGGAUCAACUUUUUGACAGCUAUGUAAAAUGAGUUAUAAAAAACAUGAAAAACAGGAAUUGCCAAAUGGUUGGGUGGUUAAACAAUCUAAGACAUAUCCAGACAAAGUCUACUAUUUCAAUACAUUAACAGGAGUAUCUACCUGGGAGAUUCCUGAACUCCUCAAACCAUAUCUAAAAUCAUCAGAGGGCAAGUUAUCAAAUAAACAUGCAGUGAGUAGUAGAAUAAAAGCAGAGAUUAGACCGGCGCCCAUAUUGCCCCGGUCCAAUUAUCAGGAAGCCCAGUUUUCACCAACCCAGGACAGUGAUGAGAAUGAUAGCUUAGAUCUAGAACUGCCACAUGAUGGAACAGAUUUUUGUCCUAGCAAUUCCAUUCCUUCUGUAUCUUAUAAUUCAGCUAACCUGCAUUCAGAUACUACCAAACAAAGUAACCCACUGGGCAUUGUAAAACAGCAUGUCAAAUCUAAUACAGUGUCCGCCAGGCAACAAAAAGAUCUGUGCAAAGUUCAAUCACUACAAACAGCAUUGGAUAAGCCUUUACCUCCUUCGAAUUCAAUACUCCCUAAAUCUGUUCAACAGGAUUUCUGCAAAACUGGAAAAGAAGAGAGUAACAGACCUCUUAUUGCCUCUAAUGAACAGAUACAGCAUUAUAAGGCACCAACAAAAAAGAUCACUUUAGAUAAGAAUUCUGUUAAAUCUGAGAAUAUUCCACACAAAAAAGUAAUUAAACUUUCAUCACAUAAGGCUUCGUCAGAAAAAAUGACAUUAAAGAGAGGUGCUGAGUCUUUAUCUCAAGAUGAUAAACCUACAAAUAAACGAUUGAAAGCAGAUGGAUUAGAAGAAUGGAAUUUUUGUGAUACCAGGAAAGUUGUGAAAAGGUCUCCUCCUUCAGCUUUUGACACCUGUAACCUCUCCCCAAGGGAAUCAUCUCCAGAUAACUUACUUCUAAAUGAUCCUAAAAAACGUGAGGACAUUCAAUCAUGGAUCAAUCAUUUAGAGUCAGAUGACCCAGCAUCAGAUCCUCUUGGUGAUUUCUCGGAUCCAACUUUGGAUCAGGGUUCACCAGACUCUGGAACAUUCAGUCUGGAGAAUGACAAUCGUAAAGUGUUGGUUCAAUCUUAUGACAGUGGAUUUUUGUCUGUGGGUGAUACAAGUAACCUCAGCAAUAUCACGCUGACGAUAAAAAAUGAUGGUCCAGUGAAGAAAGCUGUUGUCAAUCCAUGGAAAGGUGUCCAUGAAACUCCUGUUCCCAUCAACCAAAAGCGGCGAGAGGAAAUCAGUAUGGAGAUUGAUGAAGUCCAGCAGGUGCUUACUAAGGAGGAUGACAGAGAGAUUGAGGAAAUGGAUGUAUCAGAUAUAGUGCUAAAAGAAGUUCGAGAAUCUGUGAAGAAAUGUCCAAGUGAAGUAAUAGGAACACUGACACAAGUUUUCACUUCUGACCAGCCAGGACAUAUCCAAAGUGUAGACCAUGGUUUACACAUAGUUGUUGACACCAAUGUGUUCAUAAGUAACUUGGCAUUUGUACAAGACCUCAGAGACCACUGCUUUGAACAAUUUGGGCUUCCUAAUCUAGUCAUUCCGUGGGUGGUGAUGCAGGAAUUAGAUGCUCUGAAAUCAAACAAGUCAUCGGCUGCCACUAUGUCCAUGAAGAUUGGCAAAUGUGCCAGAGCAGCUGUUCACUAUAUUUAUCAAUGUUUCAUGGACAACCAUCAGCGAGUGAUUGGUCAAAGUGCAACACAGGCUUCAGCUGCAUCUAAAGAAUUCCAGGCUGAGUGCAAUGAUGAUAGAAUUCUACAGACCUGCUUGCAGUGUCAAAAAAAUAGAAUGAACUCAACUGUGAUACUGUUAAGUAAUGAUAAAAACCUCCUUAGUAAGGCCAGAAUUUGUAAAAUUCCAGCAUUUGACAGUUUUCUAUUAAUGAAUGGAGUAAAAUCUCUUCAACCUCAUUGCCUCAACAAAAUAGCAAACAAAAAUUAUCCAGCAUUGGUCCCUAGUGAAUCUAAACAGACCCCGUCCAAAUCACAUGCCAUUUCUCCCAGUGUCCCCCCAGAAAGCCUCAGUCAGUUGUUGGAUGAGAUGCUCUGUAAAUUGAAAAUGUGGUUGAAGAAUGCUUUGUCCAGUGUCUUAGAACGUGAAAUGAAAGCAGCAUAUGAUGAUAUUUGGUUAGAGAUUGUGUUGAAGAAGCCCCCGUGGACCCUCUCAGACCUACUUGAAUGCUUCAAAAAACACUGGAUUGCAGUAUUUGGACAGAUUUACAGAAGAAAUUUAAGUACAGUAGUGGACAGACUAUUGGCCAGAUUUAAGAUCAAUGCAGAUUUCCAUCUGAGUUUCGAGAUUUACCGGUACCUGUUGAACGACUGCCUAGAAUUGUUGGAAGAAUGUUACAAACAUAAAAAAGAUGACACCUCAGUCAGUGAGGCAUUGUCAGGGCUGAAGAAAUGUGAGCAGCUGUGUCAUGACCUCAAGGCUGGUAAUGUCAAGGUCAGCAAUCUGGAGGCUUACUUGGCUGGAAAGCAAAUGCCUGCUGAGUCAAAGACUAAGCAGGAAUGUAUGGACAAAAAUAAGAACAGAGUAGAACAUUUAAGUAUAGAAGAUGUAGAAUCUAAGCUGACCAACAUAUGGGAUGUCGUGUAUUUCUGCUGUGAGGAUUUCCAGGGGGUGAUUGAUAACAGGAGAAAAAAUGGCAGUACUAAUCCUGAGCGACUGCAAAAAAUGAUGGUUGUUUUUCAGAAGUUGAUUCCAGCUCUGGAUGGAAUUCGAUAUGAAUAUGAGCAGGCAUUAAGGUUCAGCCCAAAGGACAUAUUAGACAAAGCAGCUCUUGUUCAUGGACUCUGUGUUCAGCUGAACAGCUUCUACAUUAGAUUAAAUUUGGAGGCAAAAGAUGGUAAUUUGGAGGUGGCUAAUGUGCAGGCAUUAUUUGGGAUGGAAAGCAAGAGACAAAUGCUUAAAGAUGGAUUGGAUCACCUAGACAAAAUGAUCCACAAGAUUCAUGAACAAGUUAAAAUGAUGCAGGGUUAAAGGAGUUUACAUAUACUUGUAUAUUGUCAAAAGGUCCAUGUUCAUAAGUUGUUUGGGAGAAAAGCAUUUAUGGAGUUGAGACUGUGAGAAAGAAGAGAAAACUCUUGGUUGUAUGAUGGGCAAAUAAUUUCAUAUUGAAUGUUAGAUGUACAUGUACCAUUUAAAAGUUUGACUUCUCAUUUUUCAUGUCUGAGAGGAAAUAUUAACAUUGAGGGAUGUAAAUGUGCAGCUGAAUUUUUUCAUGAAUAUACUGUAAUACUCUGCUGUCCUGAUAUGGAGAAAAAUGUCUAUCCUAAGCCCAUUUUUCUAUAAUCUAUUGUUUGAGGUAGAUAUUGUGCAAAGCUGGUUUUAUUAAUUUAACAGCUUUACAUUUCUUUAUCAGAGUGGUUAAGUCUCUUUGUCCUUAUC